GUUCUGCGCAUGCUCCGGAGCCUGGGUGGAAGACGUGACAUCACCCAGUGUUCAGAAGUCCACACUCAACAGAUGAUUUACUUGUCCAACUUACCCAGAGUAUCUUCUCAUCCGUUUACAAGAUUAUUUUACUAGGUUAUGGCUGAUCGACCUGAUGAUGUCACCUUGCUAAAGGGCCAUGCAAUGGUUGGAAAUACCUUGUUUCAUCAUUCAGAGAUGAAUGUGGACAGGAUUUACAUGGACUACAAUGCCACCACCCCUCUGGAGCCAGAAGUAAUCAAAGCUAUUUCUGAGGCUCUUCAUGAAGCCUGGGGAAACCCAAGUAGUAAUUAUAUAGCAGGUGUCAAUGCCAAGGCAAUCAUUAAUCAAUCCAGAGAAAACGUGGCAAGAAUGGUGGGAGGUAAAAUGGAGGACUUGAUUUUCACUUCAGGUGGAACAGAGGCCAAUAACCUGGUGUUUCACACUGCCAUUGAGCACUUCAGUAAGAGCUUCAUGUAUUCAGAACAAAGUGAAGGACUGAGAAUUUACCAGAAUGAAAGUGCUUGGCUUCCUCACAUAAUCAUCUCCAAUGUGGAACAUGACUCAGUCAAACUGACAGCAGAACACCUACUGGAAGACGGCAAGGCAGAUGUGACUGUCAUUCCUGUUUCCAAGGUGACGGCCCGGGUGGAGGUGGGGGACAUCAUUGCUGCUGUGCGUCCCACCACUUGUCUUAUCUCCAUCAUGCUGGCCAACAAUGAGACCGGAGUCAUUAUGCCAGUGCGAGAGAUCUGCCAGAAAAUUAAGUCUCUGAAUAAGCAGCGUCCACAUUCCAGAAUCCUCCUCCACACUGAUGCUGCCCAGGCUUUGGGGAAAAUACAAGUAGAUGUCUGUGACCUGGAAGUGGAUUACCUUACCAUAGUUGGACACAAGUUUUAUGCACCUCGGGUAGGAGCCUUGUACGUGAAGGGACCUGGAAACAAAACUCCCUUGUACCCAAUGCUCUAUGGAGGAGGACAAGAGAGGAACUUCAGACCGGGCACUGAAAACACCCCAAUGAUCGCUGGUCUUGGGAAGGCUGCAGAGCUCGUGACUGCCAAUGUUUCGGAUUAUGAGAGUCAUAUGCGAAGUAUCAGACUUUAUCUGGAAGAGCGACUAAGGGCUGUCUUUGGGGAGGAGAAGAUCCACUUCAACAGUCAUUUCCCUGGAUCUGACAUUCUCCCCAACACGUGUAAUGUGUCCAUACUCGGCCCAGCAUUACAAGGCCGCAAAGUAUUGUCCAACUGCAUGAGGUUGCUGGCCAGUGUUGGUGCUGCCUGCCACUCAGACAGUGGUGAUAGGCCCUCCCAUAUCCUCCUGAGCUGUGGCAUCCCCCCAGAGGUGGCCGCUAAUGCCCUACGUUUAAGUGUGGGUAGGGGCACAUCGAGAGCAGAUGUGGACACUGUGGUGGAGGACCUGAGGAAAACUGUGAAACUGCUAGAAGCAAUGAACUGAUGGCCUCUGUGAAGUUGCCAACGUAGUUAUGGAAAAGAGUGAGAAUAUAUGGAAUUGAGGGGUGCAUUAUCUGUGCUUUCCUUGAAUCAUGUAAGAUAAUUUAAAUUUAUAUAAAUAAUUUAAAGUUUAUAUGUGCAUAUAUAUGAGGUGAAUAUACAAGAAUUUAUUUGAGCAGUGGGUGCUUUUUUACAGAAAAUGUUGCAUUUGUUGAGGAAUGGAAAACCUUGAAGGGAAUUGAUGGGUGCUGGUUAUGGAUGGAUGGAUUAUGAAUUGUUUUGCACUGCUAAAAACGUCAUCACCCUUUCUUGCUUGUCAGAACAUAACACGGGUAGCUAUUUAGCCACAGUAAUAAAUGUAUUUUUACAAUAAAACAUUUACGUGCACUUUAAAUUUGCUUAUUUUCUGUAUACCUUACGUAAUGAAAC